CGCACCGGCUGGAAUUAAAAAUCAGCAACUACAAUACGCUAUAUAUCGCCGAUUCCGACCAAAACAUGAACGAUUUGAACCUGCGCGUGGCCGCCCUGAAGCUCUGUGCUCAUCCCAAGCGAUUUGCUGAGCUGCGCGAUGCACUGGUUCCUUUGCCCGCGAAAUGGAUUUCCACCAACUAUGAAUUUGUGCAGCCUUUUAAGGAGGCCAAAACAAGUGCCGAGCAAGUGCAGGUGGUCAAGGACAUAUUCUACAAGGAUCAGGAAAAAGAUAAUGAGAAAGUGCUCCGUUUUCUGGCCGAUCUUCUGUUUAGCAGUCCAUUAAAACACGCUGUGCGCAAUCAGCUGACCAAACUCUUUUCGGAAAAUGCGCUGGCAAAACAAGAUAAGGCAAGGAAGGAAGGACAUGCGAAGGAUUCGCUGCUGGAUGCACUGCAGCAAUCCCUCGGCGGAAUGGCCAAAAGCCUGGAGGCAAUCAACUCUCCACCUGCCGUAAGCCACGAUCGCUGCAAUGAUAUUUUUGUGUCGGCAAACGCCUGCCUGCAAAACUUUCCUUUCGGAAGGGAAGCCCUCAAAAAGCAAGUUCAUCUUUUUGUUCCUCUGCUGCCAAUCGCUUCGGAGCAAUAUUGGAAGGACAUCAGUGAUCCCUCGCUGGAACUUUCGCCAACGCGUCGGAAUGAGCUCUAUUUGUAUGUGCAGAAUGCGCUGCGAUUCCUGGUGAGCCUUCUGUCCGAAUGGAGCGAUCAACUGCAGUUGGCGGAUGGGAAAAGGCUGCUCAGCAAAGCGGAUUUGGUGGCCAGAAAAGUGGCUCGUUAUGUGGACACUCCGUGGGAUGUUCGUUCCAUUGCAGGAUUGCUGAUUGGUCACUUGGCGCGUUUUUCCGGAGGAUUUGCCGAGUACAUUGAAGAAUGCUCGAUGCAGCAAGCGGAACAGGACCUUCCUGUUCAAACGGCUGCUCUUCUUGUCCUGCGACGCAGCGAUUAUACGGAUUACGCUCCUCAGGCUUUGGAUAUUCUAAAAAUGAUUGUGGCCGUUGGCGAGCGGGAAAGUAGCGUUAGCAACCUGCUCGUCUUCCUGUCCAAACAUCUGUUCAUCUACUCCAAAUCGCUGGGCGAAAUGAAGGCUUUUCUAUCCGAGGAUCAGCGGAUUGUUUACCAACAAAUCCUUGCCGAGUUGCAGAAGUUUGCAAUACAAAACGUUUCCAACUCCACGGAUUCGGUGCGCCACAUGAGCAGCGCUCUCCUUCGCCAGGUUUUGCAGCACGGGUUGGAAAGUAAUCACGAGGAGCUCUUCCAGGUUGUCUAUCGCCAGUUUGAGGGGCGUUCUGCUCCCUUGAGUGCCAGUUGCUUGGCCAUGGAGCAGUUGGUUGCCGUUGCGGGAGUUGAAAUGGCGAUUAGGAACUGCCCCUCGCUUUUUGGAGUCAUCUUUCCACGGUUUCUGGGCUGCGAGGACAGCGUGGAUGCCUUGUUCAAAGCCAUGAUGGUUUCGGCGCACAAAACACAAACUUUUACGGAGUGGCACAACCUGUGGUUUAACCAGCUUAUGGAGGCCACCAAAGCAGCCGAAAAACGAAGAUCGGUGAUCGAACAACUGCUCACCCAAGCGGUGCAACUGGAGCCCAAAACACUGGCCCACUUGCUCCUCGAGGACUCCCGAUUGCCACUCAGCAGCAAGCUCUCUGCGAUUCUCAGCGUUCGGCAACUGAGUGAUAAGAGGCAGGAGUUACUAAGGGAUCUCAAGCGGGAAGUGGAGCAGGCUCUGCUGGGAUUGGACGACCAUACGCGUCUUUUGGCUCUGCGAUUUGUGGUUGAGACUCCGCGUCCGAGUGAUCCCCUAACUUUGGCAGAAGCGGAGGCCAUUCGCUUAUAUCUACGCCACAAUGCCAACAAUCCAAGUGCUCAUCUUCGCCAGUUGGGCUAUGGUCUGCUCCAGAAAGCGCUAAAAAGGAUUCGUCUUGGAUUGGCUGAACACCAAAAGCGACCAACGAAGAAGGGAGAAGAAAUGCUUGGACUGUUGAAUCAAUUAACUGCAGAUCUUUUAAGGAAUCUUUUUCCCACUGCGAACUAUGGAAGACGUUGGCUGUCACUGCAUUUACUCAGGGAUUGCCUGGAUUUGCACAGCACAUUGCAGCUGAAAGUUAAGGAGGAUUUGCUACCCAAAGAAGCUUUAAGUAAUUUGGAGCACUGCCUUUCCGAUAGUUACGAACAUAACAAAGUUCUGGCUGCCAAACUGUUGGAAAAUCUAAAAACCCGCUGUCGCUUUCAACCGGAGGAGAUCAUGGAAUUGCUGCUCUCGUUGAGGCCACCAGAUUCGGCCACCGGAGCCUUCCAGCUGCAGGUUUACUGUCGAGCCAAGGAAGUGGAAAAGGAGCUACCCAAAGUAACAAACAAGGAAGUUAUUUGCGAACAGAGAACCUUCAAUGCCUUGCAAUGGUGUUUGGAGCACUUGCGCGAGGGUUUGCACCUGGCUGAAAGUGACUUGGCGGAGGCAGCUAAGCUAAAUCCCUUGUACGGAUUACUCUUCGCCAGCAGGCAUCUCCUCCAGCAACUCAAACUCAAGGAGCUGGCAAAGGAGACCGUUUGGAGGGAAUAUUUCGAGGAGUUGGUCGCCAUUUGCUUGGCUGUGAGUCGCGUGGUUAUGCCGGUGGUCAGCAGUGCCUCACCGGAGGGCCAUUUGCCAGCCACUCGGGAUCAGGAGACGGACCAACCGCUCAAGAAUGUCCUCAGUCGCCGCUUGCCCAGCGAGGCACUGCAGCAGUUGCGAACCACACCGCAGAUGGUUUUACUCUGCGCCUGGCGGAGCAUCAAGGAGGUGUGCCUGAUCCUGGGCGAACUGGUGGACAGAGCUCCCCUGGAGGAUGAACUGCAAGCGGAGUUCCUGCUGAGCAGCCAGCAAGUGGAGGUGAUUGGCGAGCAGUUCCUCUAUCUGCUGGCAGAAACCAAGCAUCGCGGAGCUUUCGAGCAAGCGUACGUGGGAUUCACGAUGCUGUGCCGUCGCUUUUGGCACAGCGAUGCAGUGCAUCUGAACCAGCUGCCCAACCAGUGGGUCGGCGAGGCCAUGGCGAUGGUUAGUGGCGAGGCGAUAUCCAAAGGAGUGCGUCUCUGCUCCACGAGAAGGAGUGCUGGGAUGCCGUUCAUGUUGCAGGCCUUAAUCUGCACGGAACUCAAGUUGGGCACGCAUGCCACCUUGCAUCGUUGCAUGGAGCGUCUGCUGGGAGUUUGUGAGCGAAGGACUCCAGGAGCAGCUGGCAUCACGGCCAGGAGUCAUGCCCUGAACAUCCUGAGAGCUCUCUUCCGAUGCAGCGAGCUUGCGGAAUUGGUAACCGAAUUUAUGGCGAGGGGGAUCCAAUGUGCUUUGGAUGGCUUGCUGCUCGCGGAGGAAUGGGCAGAAAGGAAUUGCGCCACCCUCCUGCUGGCUGCCUUGAUUGUGAGGGUCUUUGGAGUGGAACGAGCUCGCUUGGAGAGCGGUGAACUGCAUGUGCGCAACCGAAUGACGGGCAGGAUCUUCUUCACAAGAUAUCCACAGUUGUUUGAUUAUUUCCAUGCCGCCUUGCAAAGGGAAGCGGAUCGAAUGGAUGCCAAGGAUACUGGAAGUGACAAUCCAAAUGGAAAACGGAGACAGGCAGUUCAACUGGAGGCCAUGUUGCUCAUGCUCAGCAGACUGUAUCCUUCUUCGUUGGAGGGAGCAGAAUCCACAUUGAAUCUCAGUGAAUUUGUGCCUUUCUUGAUAAAGAUUUGCCGUUCGCACGACUUGAUGACGCGCGAAAGAGCCGCUUUGGUGGUGGCCAACUUUGUGAGCCAGGAACAGGCGCUGGCGGAGAUCAGGAGGAUUCUAGUGGAGCUCAAGGCUUUAGAACUUAAAUUAAAGGCGGAAGAGGAACCAACUCACCUGGACAUGAAUCUCCUGCAUGGACAAAUGCUGCUGCUGCUCCAUCUGCAUCGCCUGGUUCGUUGGACGCGUCCUUCGUUGGCCAGGUGGCAAGUGCACAUCCUCGCUGGAUUGGCGCUUCCCAUUCUCAGACGAGAUGUUUGUGUAUUUGGAGCACUGGUGGAUGUUUUGGUGGCUGCCUUGGAGGAUUGCCACGAUCCCAAGUUGAUAAACUCCCAGCUGCUGGACGAGAUUGAAGCUCUUUAUUUGGUGGAUCACAGACUAGUCUACGAUGGCUGCCAGAGGCAGGGAAUCUCCGUGCGUUUCUAUCAGAUCUUCGCUUUGCAUUUGCAUCGAUUGCGCGGAAUCUCGCAGGGAAUUGUGCUGCACAUUGUCGAGGAUCUGGCCGAGCCUCACUGGGCUCUCGACGAGCUGAGAGUCGAACUCUGGCUCUACAUUCUGCUGCAGAAAUUUCUGGAAGAGAAGAGCUCGCUGGUCAGCGAACUGGACAUCGAGCACUUUCAGUUCUCCAACGAAAUUCGACGUUAUUAUAAAUCUUUGAGCAGCGAACAGCAGGUGGAAAUCUCCAGGGAACUCUAUCAAUCCAAGGCUGUGCGUUCCUGCGUUUUCCAUAUGAUCAACACAUCGGUUAAGCGCUCUUGGAGUCUCCAACUCGCUGGUCGUUUGGCUGCCCUGAAACCACUGCUCCAGGAUUCCGGAUUGGAAUUGAGUAACCUGAUUCGAAAGUGUUCGAUGGAGCAUCGCAGUCACCAGGAGGCGGCGGGCUUGGUGUUGGGCUUAAAGCGAUUGAUUGGUGAGAGGAAAAUCCUGGAGCGGGAACACUGGCUGCCCUUGCUAACCUACACUUUGCAUUUGGUGGAACCCAUUCAGCCGGUUUACCUUCGUCAUCAGGCAGCGGAAUUGUGUGAUUUACUCGCUCGAAUUCACUUAAAGUGUCAAAUGGAAAACGUGGAUGUGGAGGUGAUUGGUCGCUUUAUAAGAUUGGUGUUGCUACUGCUGCUCGAUGAAGCCGAGUGGGUGAGAAAUAGAGCUGCUGAUUUCGUGUGCAAUGCUGGUUUAAGAAGCCAAGAAGAUCAGGAAGGGAAAUCCAGAGACAUUUUACCAAAUGCUCUCACUCCACAAUUCCUGAAAGUUGUCUUAACGAAACUGGAGAAGCAGGCAAAUAAUUCGGAGUUUCUUUUGCAAUUAUUUAAUCUUAUUGCCGAACCUUUUCUCGCUUCGGAAGCCAAGGAUUCCGAGCCGAACAUCGAUGAGGAUGGCGAUGUGGAUGUUUUUGAUAAGCAGGAGAUCAAUCUCUACUGCGAACCUCUGCUCGUUUUAUGUGAACUAUCCACAGCCUUUCGAUCGCAGUUUGGAAAAUGCCAGCAACUAGUGACCACAAUUGAUGCAUUGAAUCUGCCCUCGGAUUUAGUUUUAAAUUAAUUCGUAGAGUGUAAUUAAGAAGCAUUUGAUGUGUACAACUUCCUUAACCUUAAAGUUCAAAUCAACUAACUUUUAAGCAAGAAAAGUUGUUUUUACAUAAGGAAAGUUUGCUUGCUUUACAAGUUUGUUUAAUUUUUUUAGGGAGUUUUUUUUUAAUAAAACUUGUAAAUUAAAGUUUUAAUAAGUAGCUAGAUAUGUAAAUUUAAACCAUGCGGAAUACAAAAAAUGCAUGUAAAAUACUUUGUCUUUUAUUUAUGAAUGAACUGUCUUGAAAGGGAAUUAAUGAUCUUAAAAUCUUGAAACCUUUAAACGGGGAUUGGAAACCCACUUUGCAUCGAAACAUAAAUGUUGACUGAAAUAGAAAGAGACAGAAAUACACAAAAUAAUAGGGAAUUUGUUAAGCAAUCCAUUGGCUUUAUAUUCAUAUUCAUAAUAGCCUUUAAUUUUCAGCUUUUCUUUAUGUG